CGGUUGUGUCCUAUUAAUUCAUAGACACACGGCGACUUCUUCGGGUAAACGUAAAUAGUAUGUUGAAUAUAUUAAUUAUAGCUCUGGUCGCGGCUUCGAAUAUAGUGUAUUGUAUGAAUGUCGACACAACACGAGUGGACAAAACUUACACGGUUCAGUUGCAAAGUGUUAAAAAUAAGUGCAUAUAUUGUAAAAUCGCGAAAAUAGUUACAUUGAAGCCAUUCAAGUGUCAUAAUGACUUCCUGUGGCGUUGUUUGGAUGAUUUAAAACAGUGGAAAAGGCGGCGAAGAAGUUCUGAUAUCUUUAAAAAUGAAUUUAAAAACGAUCACAUGAAAUUAAAGUUCGCGGAUUUUGGGAUGAAUGAUUUGACUUCUUAUCAUAGUAGUGUAGAUAUUGUUAAAACUACGGCAUCAAGUGUGUCUGAUAAUAAAGCAGAUUUGUUAAAAAAGUUCGUGAAGAUAUGGCCCGUGCAGAGAUGGCACGCGUUCGGUUUGUUUACCGAAGACUACCUGAAGCAGAUCAACAGUCACUGGCUGCAGUACCCUCCCCCUGAUACACGUAUACAGUACACAUUUGGCAUCACAUAUAUAUUCUUGGCGGGCACCGGAGCUUUUGGCAAUAUUCUUGUACUUCUUAUGUAUGUAAGAUGCCGCACGCUGCGUACUCCGGGGAACAUCCUCGUGGCCAACCUGGCGCUCAGCGACUUUCUGAUGCUCGCGAAAACGCCAAUUUUCAUCUUCAACUCGUUUAAUCUCGGACCUGCACUCGGAAAAACUGGAUGCGUGAUUUACGGCUUCGUGGGUGGUUUGACUGGCACCACGUCCAUUGCCACGCUAUCGGCCAUCGCGCUGGAUCGCUACUGGGCAGUCGUUCGACCAUUGGAACCGCUGCGUGCACUGACAGCAAUACGGGCUCGUUUACUAGCAAUAGGCGCAUGGUUAUAUGCGUGCGUCUUUGCAAUAAUACCAGCUCUAGACAUCGGCUAUGGUAGCUACGUUCCAGAAGGCUACUUGACGAGUUGUAGUUUUGAUUAUCUCACUGAAGACUUUUCACCUCGAUGUUUCAUCUUCGUUUUCUUCUGUGCAGCGUGGCUUGCACCAUUCUGCACUAUCACGUUUUGCUACAUCAGCAUAUUUCGAGUCGUUGUUUUCAAUACGAGUAUGUCUUACGGCAACCAAGAUCAACGACUAUCAUCAAGACACGUAAAAGAGCGAACCAAACGAAAAGCUGAAAUAAAAUUAGCCUUUCUAGUUAUGGCAGUCAUAGCUCUAUUUUUCAUAUCUUGGACACCAUAUGCCAUUGUAGCUCUAUUGGGCAUUACCGGUAAAAAGGACGUUUUAACUCCAAUAACUUCAAUGAUUCCCGCAUUGUUCUGUAAAACAGCCGCAUGCAUUAAUCCAUUUAUUUAUAUUAUAACUCACCCAAAGUUUCGUAAAGAAUUCAAGAAAUUGUUAUUCAGGGACAAAUCAAAGCGAAUGGGUGGAACGAUGAAAACGAUAGGGUAUUCCACUGAUACUACCAGAGUACACCGACCAAGUAAGGAUUUGAGCGACACAGAGGUGGAAAUAGUUGAAAUGAAAGAUAUACCUUAUCAGGUCAAUGAGAAGCAUGAAGUCAAGGUAAAGACAAUAUCAUCGAAAGUGGCAGAGAGACAGGACUCCCAAACUAGCAUGAGUAUAAAAAGUUUAGAAAAUAGCGUCGUAAGUCCGCCUUCCUGGUACACUAAGCCAAAAUUCUCGAAAAAGAAAAGUUUCCAUCGACGUUCUACACGCACCAAUUGUUCACAAACUAGUGACCAAGAAGACCAGUGACCGUUUAAAAAAGUUGAUUUCAUUGAAAACAUGUGCAUGUAUAGCAGGCAAAAAUAAACCUACGAGUAGGUAAGAUGGAUGUUGGAAACGACAAUGGAAGAACAGGGUGUUCACACUAAACGCAUACAAAGCCCUUUCUGGAAUAAAAAUGCAAUGCAUUUGUUUUAGACGACAUUGACUAAGUUUAAAAAUCGUAUUUGAUUACUACUUCACCUGAUAUCUGCAUAUUAGACAUGUUGUGUGAGGAUGCACACUUGCCUAGAAGUAGACAAGAAGAACACGAGAGUCAGAAGACAAGGACAAAAAGUAGACUAUUAUAAAUUAGUAGCACCACUAUUUCCAUGCUAACCACGAGCUAUUGUUAACCACGAGCUUUUUAGCAGAAUAUGUUACCAAUUUGUCUUUUUAGAUAAGACAAAUUUGGGUACCCUAUGUAGAUACCUAUACUUAAUGUACUGUUUAAAAAUGUUAUGUUGCAAGAGUGAUCAACAGCUACAAAUUUUAUCAACCGACUUUAAAUUCAAAUACAAAAGAGAGACUUUUCAAUGAAUCAGAAUAUUUAUUUUUUAUCUUAAUAAAUUCUUAAGAAAUCUUGCAAUCAAUACAUGUAUACAUGCAUAUAAAUGUAUCAUUAAGAAGAUUUGUCGCUGUAGAUAAAUUCAUACAGUCAUGUAUCUUUAUUUGUCAGAUUAGUCGUGUUCGAUAUCUAUUUUACCUUCGACUUGUAUUGUAAGUUACGAUAAAAUGUAUUUAAAUAUAACUUCAACUCCAUUUUCUAGUACGCAAUUACAAAUGUAUAAAGCUCUAUUUUGUUAGUGGUUAAGAAUAUUGUUAAUGUUAUUAAGUAGAUAGAUACUAUCAGACCUACUGAAUCCUACUUUGUGUACCUACCUGUAGACAAUUAGACAUUAGUAUAGAGAUUUGAAAUUAUAUUUUAAUUAUCUACGAUCAAUGUUACGGAAUAAAAAUAUUAC